AUGUCCAUGCUGCGAUACCUGUCGCCCGGCCGUGGCCGCGCCGAAGGCUCCAACUCCUCUUCCACUUCCCCCCUUCUCGCCGAUGCGCCCUCGCUCAAGCUCCACGUGAUGAACUGGGGCGUCCUCAUCCUCCCCGCCCCCGACCACGCCGGCGACCCGCGCCACGACCCCAUCCUCCACGGUGAACUCGACGUGCGCGUCUCCGGUCCGCGACGAUGCAAGCGUAUCCGUGUAGGACUGCGCUCCAUCAUCCGACUAGACAUGGGCGGCGGCCGAAAGAUCGAGGAGGACGUGCUGUUCGAACGGAAAGUCGAGAUCAUUGGCGCAAGCACAGACGGUAUUUGGCUCGCACCAGGGUCGCAGCGUGGGUCCAACUCGCGCGCCCCAUCCCCGAGUCGAGCCCGCCGCUCGUUGUGGGAUAUUCCCUCCAUGCCGCCAAGUGGUGCGGUAACCCCCAUUGGCGGCGGGGCGCCCGCCGCACCCCUCGCCCUGGCUGGCGCACUAGCCAACCUCUCCUUGGAAAAUGGACACGCAAGCCCAACCGUGGCUAGUGCGAACUCGAACUCGAACCAGAACCCGACCUCGCGGCCGGGAUCAGGAUCCGCUUCCCCUUCUUCUCCAAUCGAGCCACAUCAACCCAUCAACCCCGCCCUCCUCGCUUCAGAAUAUAGCUUCUCCCUCACCCGCCAAGAGGUGCCCUACCUCCCCCGUAUCCCCAGCUAUGAAGAUACAAACUUCACCGACCACGCAAGCCAAACUCCUUGGGUAAUGGGUAAACACCGCGCGAAAAAACACAUCAUGAUCGUCUACAACCCCAACCCGUUGGCAACCACAAACGAGCUACACGACCGUGCCAACGGCCAUGUCCGGGGGUUGGGCGAGUGGGAGAUGCUCCUGGUGUCUGACGUAUGGACAAUCUGCGCUCUCAUGAACCUCCAGUUCAACGUGACUGGCAUUCCUGCCUCGACGACAAUCUUUGCUGUGCGCCUCGCCCUCGCUCAGAGUUGGGCCAUCAUCUCGCCCCGCGACGACCAAGCCGCUAACCACCUCACCGGUACUCGCUCCUUUGCAAUUUUCGAGAGUGGAAAACGUCCACCAGUAGGCCACCACUACCCCGAUAAGCAUUUCCAUGCCAUCUGGCGCGGCACCGAUGCAGGCGGCAAGGACAAGCCCAUGGCCAACGAUGGCGGAUCGCUCCACCUCGCCGCAACCGUCCGUUUGCCGACCGACGAACAUGUGCGCCCCACCACCCUCCCGGGCGUGGUCACGCCCAUCACAGUUACGCACAACCUCGUCCUCGAGGUCUUCUUCUCCGUGUGGGGCGAAGACGACCGUGGCGAGCCCAUGAAAGUUCCUGGCCCAGGAGGACUGCGUCUCCUCCGCGUGUCGCGGCCCAUCACCCUGCCUUCCUGCGCACUCAUCCCCGAGGUCAUCGACCUGCCAGCCUACGAGGAACACCAGCGCGACGCAAUCGCCCCUGACGAAGACUCGAUCGAGCUACUCCAGCGCGGGAUGAAGGGCGCCGGGCCCCUCGGCGAUCCCGGAUGGGCUCUGUGCGCGUGCGGCCGCAAGCUCGAAGACAUGGAGGCCCGUAUGCGCGCAGCCGUCAUACAGGAGGUCACGGGGAACAACUUUGACCCUGCCACAAGCGAAAAGGUCGCGGCGGAACGGCGUGGGCGGCAGGAACGGCUCGACAGCUAUUAA